AAUUCGUCUCUGUAUAAAAGUCGCUUUCAGCUUUGUAGCUCGUAACAAAAGGCAUGUGUUUGAAGUGCCUGCUAAUCGCAUACGUUCCAGAUGAAAUCUACCCAAGCUCUGGUGCUUUUGGCGGCCCUGCUGGUUAGCGUUGUUAUCGCUGAUGACGACGAUGAAUGCCCUCCCAAUGAGGAGUGGGAUUGGUGUGGAAUAACUUGCGAGGAGCACUGCAACAGACCACCAAUCAUCGUGUGUCCCUCGUUGGAAUGCAUUGAGGGAUGCUUUUGUAAGGAAGGAUUUCUGCGUAAAACCAACGAUGGGGGAAACUGCGUUCGGCGAAGAGAUUGCCCACUCCCUGGUGAGACUAUCAAACAUUACAAUACUGCUGUACAUUAUUCUAACAACAUGAAACCAGUGGCGAUGUUCACGUGCCUGAUCGUGCUGAUCUUCACCCUGCAGAACGCACAUUGCGCUUGUCGUUAUGCUCAUCCCUACCCAUACGACCUGUGUGGACCGAACGAAGAGUUCCAGGAGUGUGGUACCGCUUGCCCCAAGACGUGUGCCGAUCUUAACGAUCCUCCCAAAGCCUGUACGCUGCUGUGUGUACAGGGAUGCUUCUGCAAACCUGGAUUCGUUCGAGGGUCUCUACAUGGCAAAUGCAUUCCGGAAUGUGAAUGUCCCUGCUACUAAAGUGUCGAAAGAAGAAAAGGAUCAGCCAUUGUUUCAACUAUACGCUUAUAAUAAAUGUGAGCAGCUG